GCUGCCACCGCUAUACGCUCGCUGCGUGGUAGCUGCUGCCUCACCUCACCUCACCUCACCUGAGAGCACACCCACCAGCCACCACCUCUCUAUCCCGCCUGCCGCUUGCCGCCGCCGCCCCGAUCCGAGAGCGAGCAUGGCGCACUCCCUCGCCACCGCCACCGCCGCCGCUGCCUCCUUCUCGUCGGCCGCCGCCCCGCGCCAGGUUACAAAUGUGAUUUCAAGCCGGAAUUCGGUUUCCUUCCGGAGCUACAGGAUGACUUCUGUGUCCAUCCGUUCAAGACCAAGUUCUCUUCGGUUUAAGAUUUGCUGUUCGGCAAAGAAAGAGACAGUCGACAAGGUUUGUAGUAUAGUGAAGGAGCAGCUGGCUCUCCCUGAUGGGACUGCCAUCACGGGCGAAUCAAAAUUCGCUGAACUUGGUGCUGAUUCACUGGAUACAGUUGAAAUUGUGAUGGGCCUCGAAGAGGCAUUCAACAUCACCGUUGACGAAACGAGCGCACAAGACAUCGCUACCGUGCAGGAUGCGGCGGACCUUAUUGAGAAGCUUGUGCUGGAGAAGGCGUCAUAAGCACCUUAAGUGGAGGAUCCAAAACCAACAGUGGACCCAUCGACCUUGCCACCGACGACUUUGUAUUCGAUCUCUGUUGUAUGUUCAAUUAUUCAUGGUACCCAUUUGUUCUUUCUUGAUCAUUCAAGAUGAGAUUUUGUAUUGAUGUUGCUGAGGUAAAUUAGAUGCUCCAGAGGUUACAUGAAGCAAAUGAAAACAAUGUAUUCCACUUUCCAUUUGUAUGUUGUUCUACUAAUAUGGAGAAACAAAUAAAGUGGCAAAGAGUCACCGCAAUGUGUUUUCUUACAA